CUACCGGGUCCGCCGUAACAUGAUCAGCUCAGUAACGACGGUAGCAAAAACAAUUUUUGAUUCAAGUCACAUGUUAAACACUGAAUUCAUCUUUGGCAAAAUAAUAGAUUUUGCAAAGUCCAAAUUGACCGCCACCAGUAUAUUAGAAAAAAAAAUGCGGUUAUUCCAAACGACAAUCUCUGAUAUCAAUAACAUGACCAAGCACAUUAAUGAAGCUCAAGUCGAAAUCGAAAAAAAUAUUCAAUAUCUUAAUAACCAAGUCAUAAAGAAUUCUCAAACUAUCAACAGUCUAAUCACGAAAACAGCUUUGUUAGAGCAAUCAACGUUAUUCCAAAUCCUUCUAAAUCAGUACGCGUACGAAACGCAAAAUAUUGUUUCUAUUAUCAACUCUGCUAUCCAUGGCAAAAUUCACACCACAGUUUUGCCUCCUAACAAGUUACUAUCUCAGCUACGGGAAAUACAGCUAGAACUUCCCGCUGGCAAUCAACUUCCGUUAGAAAUUAAUAUACAAAAUAUUCCUGAACUCCUUUCAAUCUCUUCUACAUCCAUAAUUUAUAGAGAUAACUUUCUCAUUUUUAUAUUGCAAUGUCCAAUAGUUAAAAUCGAUGAAUAUAAUCUCUAUCACACGAUACCUUUACCAUUCUAUUUUGAAAACAAUAAUGUUGAUCUAGUAAAAUNUAUUUUGAAAACAAUAAUGUUGUUCUAG